UCGUGUCUCGUUUCGCUAUGGCCCGUACAAAGCAGACUGCCCGCAAGUCGACCGGUGGCAAGGCCCCGCGGAAGCAGCUGGCCACCAAGGCGGCUCGCAAGAGCGCGCCGGCCACCGGCGGCGUCAAGAAGCCGCACCGCUACCGGCCGGGCACCGUGGCCCUGCGCGAGAUCCGGCGCUACCAGAAGUCGACCGAGCUGCUGAUCCGCAAGCUGCCCUUCCAGCGGCUGGUGCGCGAGAUCGCGCAGGACUUCAAGACCGACCUGCGCUUCCAGAGCUCGGCCGUGAUGGCGCUGCAGGAGGCGAGCGAGGCCUACCUGGUGGGGCUGUUUGAAGACACGAACUUGUGCGCUAUCCACGCCAAGCGCGUGACCAUCAUGCCCAAAGACAUCCAGCUGGCCCGCCGCAUCCGCGGGGAGCGGGCUUAAGCAGUGUGCGCUCGGCUCGAGG